AUGUUAAGCGAUGCGGUGAAAACUGUCCCUCAAUUGAUUGACCAGCGUCAAAAGUUCCCGUGGGCGGACUUUCGGGGUUUUCGCUCACCACAAGUCAUCCCAAAGCUCGUCCACAGCGAGGGCCAAGUCGUGCCCGUCGCAGGAGUGACGUGUUUCGCCGGAUCGACACCUCAUGGUUGGCUCGUCUUUGUUGACUUGGCGACCAACAGUAGCUGCUCGGGCCAUCAACGACACAGACUCGAUGCUGGUAAAGUGACCGACUGGCCUAUGUCUAAGAAAGCGUAA